GUGAGUUUUAAUUAACAUGUGUGAUUAACGUGUUUUUAAUGUUUUUGUAAGGGUCAAAGCCAGAGCGGAGGCCACGGUCCCGGAGGAGGCAAGAAGGAUGACAAGGAUAAGAAGAAGAAGUAUGAGCCUCCUAUUCCCACAAGAGUUGGCAAGAAAAAGAAGAAGACCAAGGGACCAGAUGCUGCCAGCAAACUACCUUUGGUAACCCCUCACACUCAAUGCCGCUUAAAGCUGCUGAAGCAGGAGCGCAUUAAGGAUUAUCUACUGAUGGAGGAGGAGUUCAUCAGGAACCAGGAGCAGAUGAAACCCCUGGAAGAGAAACAGGAGGAGGAGAGGUCAAAGGUGGACGAUCUGCGAGGGACCCCCAUGUCUGUGGGCACUCUGGAGGAAAUAAUCGAUGACAACCAUGCCAUUGUUUCCACCUCAGUGGGAUCAGAACACUAUGUCAGCAUCCUGUCUUUUGUGGAUAAGGAUCUGCUGGAGCCAGGCUGCUCAGUCCUGCUCAACCACAAGGUUCAUGCUGUGAUUGGGGUGCUGAUGGAUGACACUGAUCCCUUGGUGACAGUGAUGAAGGUGGAGAAGGCCCCACAAGAAACAUACGCUGAUAUUGGAGGACUGGACAAUCAGAUCCAGGAGAUCAAGGAGUCAGUGGAGCUGCCUCUCACACAUCCAGAGUAUUACGAGGAAAUGGGUAUAAAGCCUCCCAAAGGAGUCAUCCUAUAUGGACCUCCUGGCACAGGUAAGACACUGCUCGCCAAGGCUGUAGCCAAUCAGACAUCUGCGACCUUCCUGCGUGUGGUGGGCUCAGAGCUGAUCCAGAAGUACUUGGGAGACGGGCCCAAGCUGGUCCGAGAACUGUUCAGGGUGGCAGAGGAACAUGCCCCCUCCAUCGUCUUCAUCGAUGAGAUCGACGCUAUCGGCACUAAGAGGUAUGACUCCAACUCCGGCGGUGAGAGGGAGAUCCAGAGGACCAUGUUGGAGCUGCUCAAUCAGCUGGACGGCUUUGACUCGAGGGGCGACGUUAAAGUUAUCAUGGCCACUAAUCGGAUAGAAACCCUGGAUCCAGCCCUCAUCAGACCUGGGAGAAUCGACCGUAAGAUCGAGUUUCCCCUGCCGGAUGAGAAGACCAAGAGAAGGAUCUUCCAGAUUCACACCAGCCGUAUGACAGUAGCAGAUGAUGUCACCCUCGAUGACCUCAUCCUGGCUAAGGACGACCUAUCAGGAGCAGACAUCAAGGCCAUCUGCACAGAGGCAGGCCUCAUGGCUCUGCGGGAACGCCGUAUGAAAGUCACCAAUGAAGACUUUAAGAAGUCCAAGGAAAACGUCUUGUACAAGAAGCAAGAGGGCACACCAGAGGGGCUUUAUCUCUAACCUUCAAAGUUUUAUAUUUCCCUCACUCACCCCCACAUCUAUCUAUCUCUCCAUCGCUGUGUGAAAGAGAGGAAGCCGCAACUGAGUUGUCUGCCUCCCCAGAGAGAGUUUUGAUAUAUUUUGUGCAUGUCAUGUCUGGCUUAUUUCACUCUCUUGUUACCGUUAUGUGUUUAAGACAUUAAAUAAAACAACAAAAAAUAAAAAGUCCGUAAAGAAA